UCCACACAAUCAUCACCAUCACCAUCACCAUCGCCAUCGCAAUCCGCAAGAGCAGCAUCUCUGUGUUUCGUCCUACUAUCGUAUUCGUCUGAUUCAUGUUAUAAUGGAGAGGCAUGAAGAAAUCGUCCAGUAGUAGAAUAGAAUACAUCGUUCGUCCCAAUCGACAAAUUCGGCUCUGCUUCUAACUCACUAACCCCAACAGAAGCUCAGAUUCGCACCACUAGUUAGAUUCAGUAAUGUCGCUGUUUCGCAAGUUGUUCUACCGCAAGCCGCCUGAUGGCCUUCUCGAGAUCUGCGAGAGAGUUUAUGUGUUUGAUUGUUGUUUUACAACUGAUUCUUUGGAGAAACAAGAUUACAAAGGCUAUGUGGGAGGCAUUGUCAACCAACUGAGAGAAAACUAUCCUGAUUCUUCAAUCUUAGCUUUUAAUUUUCGAGAAGGGGAGACACAGACCGACAUAGGGAGUGUUUUGACAGAAUACGAUAUGACCGUAAUGGAGUAUCCUCGCCAAUACGAAGGUUGUCCGCUCCUCCCACUGGAGGUUGUUCACCACUUCUUAAAAUCUAGCGAAAGCUGGCUGUCACUUGGGAUCCAAAAUUUGCUUCUCAUGCUCUGUGAACGCAGUGGUUGGCCUGUUUUAGCUUUCAUGUUGGCUGCUUUGCUGAUCUACAGAAAGCACUACAGUGGGGAACUUAAGACCUUGGACAUGGUGCACAAACAAGCUCCUCGAGAGCUUUUAUACUUGAUGUCCCCCUUGAAUCCAAUUCCUUCUCAGUUAAGGUACUUGCAAUAUGUGACAAGGAGGAACGUCGCAGCACAAUGGCCACCCUUAGACAGGGCACUCACCUUGGAUUGUAUUAUUAUGAGAAUGAUUCCUAAUUUUGACGGCAAGGGUGGUUGCCGACCAAUAUUUCGUAUCUAUGGACAAGAUCCAUUUUCUGUUUCUGAGCGUGCACCCAAGGUAUUAUUCUCGACUCCAAAGAGGAGUAAAGCUGUUCGACACUACAAGCGGGGUGAAUCUGAAAUAAUAAAGGUUGACCUCAAUUGCCACAUUCAAGGUGAUGUUGUGCUGGAAUGUAUCAGCUUGAAUGAUGACAUGGAGCGGGAAAAGAUGAUGUUUCGUGUCAUGUUUAACACUGCUUUUCUAAGGGUGUCUCCAGUGAUGACUGUUAUAUCAAUGAAGGUUCUUUUCUCUGAGAUGGACACUACCACUUCCCUGGUUCGUGUGGACUCCUCCUGCUUUGAGGAGAAGGAUGGCCUUCCAGAGGAGGCCUUUGCUAAAAAGUUCAAUCUCUUGCUAAGAGCCACAAGUUCUGAGAACCAAUCUGAUUUAUCACCAAAAUUUUCCCAAAACACUGAUACGGCUAGUAUUCAAGCUGACCACCAAUUUUCACCGACUGAUAUGACGUCCUCGAAGCUAACGCUAAUCCCUUCUGGUGAUCAUUCUCCACCCUCAUUGACUUCACCACAUCAUCAAUUUUCUAUAACAAAAACUCUUCAUUUGUCACCCAGACAACAAUAUGAAACAAAGGCUCAACCGAGUCAUACAGCUGAGGCCAAAGAUGUUUCUCCUUUAUGUGCACCUAAAGAAACAUCAUAUGCUAAAACCUCACCUACAAGUGCACCGUCUCAGUCAGCAAGAGAUGCAGCUCAUUCUCUCCCACUUCUGCCACUAGAGACCGCUAGUGGCCGCCCUUUUAGGGACGAAAAUAUAUGUAAGUCCGAUAUUUCUUCGACUCAUACAAAGAGUCCAAAGAUUCAAGAUAGGGUCAUAGAGGAUGAACUUUCUAAAUAUGAAUAUCUUCUUUCAUCAGCAUUUUCAGCUGAAGAUUUGCCAGAAGCCCCUAAAGCCGGAACUCCUCCAACUCCUCCUGUGUCUGAUCUGCAUGCAGCUCCUACUGGGGUUAAAACAGCUCCUGUAUGUGGUCCAGCACAACCUGCACCUAUUUCUUCUCCACCACCUCCUAAGGAAAGUUUUAGCGGUGGGGAGUCUACUCCACUUUCUGGGGUUGGUGCAUCUCCCUCAACCCCGAGUAUGGGGCAUAGCUCAGGUGUAGUAUCUGUGCCUUGUCCCCCACCUUCCCCUCAGCUCCUUGAAGAGAUAUCUGGUGGAGGAGGGCCUCUGUGUCCUAUACCUCCUCUGCAUCCCGUGGGACCUAAUACUCCACCAAAUGUAUCUCCACCACAGCCUCCUCCACCCCCUGCCAUCCCCACUACCAAGAGUUCUUCAAAUGUUCCUUCAGCACCUCCUCCACCUCAUUCUACAAACAAUACUGCUAGUGGAGGCAGUUUGCCUGGCGCUCCGUCUCCCCCACCACCUUUGGCCCCUCCACCUGGGACAAAAGGGAAAGCCUUGUUGUCGCGUACACAGGUUUCAAAAAAUAACCAAUCGAAAAAAUUGAAGCCAUUGCACUGGCUAAAAAUAUCAAAAGCUGUUUCAGGAAGCUUGUGGGCUGACACUCAAAAAUCUGAAGCUUCUAAGGCUCCGGAGAUUGAUAUUACAGAACUUGAAUCUCUCUUCUCAGCAGCAGUUCCAAAUAAAGGUCAAGGGGGCAGAAAAACUGGUUCACUAGCUUCAAUAAGCAGUAAACCUGAAAAAGUGCAAUUGAUAGAACACAGGCGUGCAUACAAUUGUGAAAUAAUGCUGUCAAAAGUGAAGAUACCCUUGCAAGAUAUGCUGAGUUCAGUACUUGCCUUGGAAGACUCUGCAUUAGAUGUCGAUCAGGUUGAUAACCUAAUCAAGUUUUGUCCAACUAAAGAUGAGAUGGAAGUUCUAAAGAGUUACAAAGGUGAAAGAGACAAUUUAGGCUAAUGCGAACAGUUCUUUUUGGACUUGAUGCAUGUGCCACGGAUAGAACAUAAGUUGAGAGUUUAUUCCUUUAAAAUUCAGUUCCGCACCCAGGUUUCUGACCUCAGGAAGAGUUUGGAUGUGGUGAAUUCUGCUUCAGAUCAGAUCAGGGGUUCUGCUAAGUUGAAAAGAAUCAUGCAAACAAUUCUUUCUCUGGGCAAUGCUUUAAACCAGGGAACUGCGCGAGGAUCUGCUGUGGGGUUCAGGUUGGAUAGCCUCCUCAAACUUACUGAGACUCGUGCCCUGAAUAAUAAGAUGACCCUGAUGCAUUAUUUGUGCAAGGUUCUUUCGGACAAAUUGCCGGAGCUUCUUGAUUUUUGGCAAGACCUUUCCAGCCUGGAACAUGCGUCAAAGAUACAACUGAAAUUUUUGGCUGAGGAGAUGCAAGCUAUUAACAAAGGGCUUGAAAAAGUUAUGCAGGAGUUGUCCAUGGCAGAAAGUGAUGGUCCUGUCUCCGAACACUUUUUCCAAGCUCUGAAGGAGUUCCUUUGUUUUUCCGAAGGUGAAGUCAGGACAUUGGCUUCACUUAUGCUACAGUGUGCAGGGGAGGAAUGUAGACUCAUUGAUCCUAUAUUUCGGGGAAGAUCCUGCGCGUUGCCAAUUUGAGCAAGUGAUCUCGACUCUCUCCAACUUCGUAAAGAUGUUCAAGCAAUCCCACGAGGAAAACUGCAAGCAGUUAGAGACCGAGAAAAAGAAGGCAGAGAAAGAAGGCGCAGCAGAACCUACAAAGAUGAAUGCCUCUGAUACUGGACAUUUGUUACAGUCACAAGUUAAUAUUGUCAAUUAACUGGAACCAAAUUUGGCUGAAGCAGAGUUUGAUAAAUUUGCGUUCUGGAUUGGCUGAAAUGAUCUUUCUGGAACUAAACAGCCUGCCUUGCUGGGAAGCCGCCCGAUGAUGGCCUAAUCCUCUGUUGGACCGAUCGGUGCAGAAGAACUCCGUUAUUAAAUAUGAUGAGGUGAGUUAAACUCCAUGUUCUCUUUUAUUCCUUUAUAGCUGGAGAGUGAUUUUCAUCUGAUGCCUCAAGUCGAUUCGUGUUGGAAUUUCAGAAGAAUGAGCGUCGUGCGACUUUUUUUACUGGCCAACGUUCCAUGUAGCAUCUCUUAGGCCCCUCAAAUCUAUAAGAUAUCCUCACACUCUUUUCUUUCUUUCGUUUUGUGGGGUAUCAUUCGAGCUUGAAAUAAAAUUUCGUAGAGGGUGUAGCUUUUUGUACAAAAUGAUGCUAAUGUGGUUGAUCAAGAGAUGAUGAGUUAUGGAAAUAAUGCAUCCACUCCAAUUAGAGUUCAUGGAUUUUCAAUUGUUAUUUUUGAACUAGUGAUAAUAAUUAAUUAGCAUUAAA